AUGCAGCAGCAGCAAACCCAAGACGGGAGGUGGAUGGGCGCCCAAGAUUUGUGGGGGAAGCCAGAGGCAGGCUGCGGCGAAUGCAGCAACAAGUGCAACAGCUGCACUGAGAGCAGCAGCAGCAGCAGCAGCAAAGAGGGAGCACCUGACAGCAGCAGCAGCGCGCAGGCAAAUUUCAGCCAUACCACAGCAGCAGCAAACUGCAGCUGCGUCAUCGUCGUGCAUGGCAGCAGCAGCAAACGAGGGGCAGCUCAUCUUAACGAAGACAGGCUGUCGAUUGCUUGCUGGCCAGCAGUAAGCAGCAGCAGCAGCACCAACAGCAGCAGCAGCAGCAGCACGAGCAGCAGCAACCGCGGCUUCUCUUGCAGCAGCCCCAACUUACAUAGAAAAGGCACCCCUAAAGGCGACACACUGACGCCGUCCCCUUCAUUCACGCCAUGGGCACAGCCGAGCAGCAGCAGCAGCAGCAGCAGCAACAGCAGCAGCAGCAACAGCAGCAGCAACAGCAGCACCAGCACCAGCAGGAUGGUGUCUUUAGAGCUUUCACCGUUGCUGCCGCCGGCAAAGAUGAGCCAGCAGCAGCAACUGGAGCAGCAGCAGCAAGAGCAGCAGCAGCAGCAGCGGCUGCUGCUGCAGCGCGACUGGUGUGUCAGCGACAGCAGCUCUCCACUCUCUGUACCUUCAGAGCCUGCGUCUUGUCUUUCUUCCCCUCACUGGACUUGCAGCGAACGAGAUCCUGCUGCUGCUGCUGCUGCUGCUGCCAAGCACGGCUUCUCGCUGCAGCCGCUUUCUGCUGCUCGUGCUGCAGUAGGAAACGCCGAACCGACAGCAGCAGCACAAGCAGCAGCAACAGCAGCAGCAACAUUUGCUGCUGCUGCUGAUGAGGGUGGCUCUGCUGGUCCUCCCAAAAUGUGUCUCCGCCGCCCCGGAGCUAAUGCAGCAUAUUUUGCCUUGGACCCUGUUGAGCAGCAGCAGGAGCAACAGCAGCAGCAGCAACAGCAGCAGCAGCAAAAGCAGCAGCAGCAACAGCAGCAGGAGCAACAGCAGCAGGAGCAACAGCAGCAGGAGCUUCCAUGUAAUUCUAGCACUUUUGCUGCACCACCACGGUCCGGAGACUCCGUCAAAGUGGCGGCAGCACCAGGAGCUAGAGCAGCAGCAGCAGCACCAGCUGCAGCAGCAGCAGCGGCAGCAGCAGCAGAACAGGAUCCCAUGCCCAUUGGAAAGGCACUAGCAGCUCUUGUCGAAGGAGAGCAAAAGGACCUGCAGCAGCAGCAGCAGCAGCUGCGGAGACUUUCGUAUGCUGCUGCGCCGUGUGAGGGAUGGGGCAUUUCUGUGUCUUGUACUUGUGGCAGUGGGCUUUCCGUUGCCCCAGCUGCUGCUGCUGCUGCUUCUGCUGCUGCUGCCCCUGCUGCUGGAGAUGCUGCAGCUUUAGAAGCAGCUGAUGGUGACUUGCAGCAGCAAAGCUUGCCAAAGGGGUCUUCAGCAGCAGGGGCAGGCGCAGCAGGGCAGCAGCCUCAGCCAGACGAGCAGCAGCAGCCACAACGGCAGCAGCAACAGCAGCAGCAACUGCAGCAGCAACUGCAGCAGCAACUACAGCAGCAGCAGCAGGCAGAGGGACAGCAACAGCAGUGGCAGCCAGAAGAGCAGCAGGACCAGCAGCAGCCACCAAAGGAGCAACAGCAGCAGCAGCAACAGCAGCAGCAGCAACAGCAGCAGCAGCAGCAGCAGCAGCGGCCAGUGCGGUGCUCGCCCCGCAGCUUUCUCUUAAGCGUCUUCGACGGCCAUGACUCUGAAGUUGCUGCUGAAUUUGCUGCUCAAGCUUUGCCGCUGCUGGCAGCUUCCCGUUUGCCUCGACACAUAGCAGCGGGGCAGCAGCACGAAGUUGCUGCUGCUGCUGUUGCUGCCUUUGCUGCUCUAGACGACCUGUUCAGGCAGCGGUGCAAGGUAAUAGAGCAGCGGACCAACUUGCCCUGCACCAGCGGCUGCUGCGCCAUCAGCGCCUUGCUGCAGGGCCCUCAUCUCUUUGUGUUCAACUUGGGGGACUGCCGCUGCGUCUUUGUGACUCUCAAAGUUGCUGCUGAGGGGCAGCAGCAGCAGCAGCAGCAGCAGCAGCUGCAGCAGCAGCUGCAGCAGCAGCUGCAGCAGCGAGGGAACGAGCCGAGCGAGAACGGUGAGCAGCAAAUGUUGCAGCGCAUUCACGAGAGCAGCAGCAACAGCACAAGGCAGGCAGGAACUGUUUCUGUACCUGGAUGCAACCCCAACACUCUAAGUAGCAGCAAUAGCAGCAGCAGCAGCAACAGCAGCAGCAAUCGCCAGGGACAGAAAGAGGUCACGAGGGCUGUCUGCACCUCUUCCCUUUAUCUGCGUGCUGCUCUGAGGCGUUCAGGGGACAAGAGCCCUGCUGCAGCAUCUCCAGAUGUAGCAACGGAAACAGAAACAGCAGCAGCAGCAGCAGCAGCAGCAGCAGCAGUAACGUGGGAGCAGCAGCCGUGUGAGCAGCUCCUGCUCGAGCUCGACUCUUCUUGUCGCUCUCAAUGUCUUGUCUCUUCUAUUCCGCAGACUUUGAAGCAGCGAGCAGCGCUGCGGCGCAGCAGUAGCAGCAGCAGCAUCAUCGGCUGCUGCAGCGGCAGCCGCAGCGGCUGCCGCAGCGGCUGCGCGGAGUGCAGCAGUCGCAGCGGCUCCUUCUCACCUGCCAACAACAGCAGCAACAGCAACAGCAGCAACAGCCUUUGCGAGGUGCCGUUGCAUGCGCCUGCAUCACCUGGCCCUGCUACAAAUGCUGCCUGCAACAGCAGCAGCAGCAGCAGCGGCUCCGUUGCAGCCGGCGCGCUGAGCAGUACCCUUGUCCCGGGCAGCAGCAGCAGCAGCGGCAUGGGGGGGGUCGCGAGCAGCAGCAGCAGCAGCCCGAGCUUCCCGCCGCGCUGCAGCGGCCCGCGCUGCAGCGCGGGCCCGAGCUCGGCGGCAAGCCCGCGCGCGCAGCAGCAGCAGCGCAGCAGCAGCAGCAGCAGCAGCGGCUGGGGGAGCGGGCUGGCGCUGAGCUUCCAGUGGCUGAGCAGGGACCUGCGGGCCAGCGCUGCGUGGGAGCAGCAGCGGCUGCAGCAGCUCGCAGCAGCAGUUGAGGGGGGGAGGCUCGGGGGAGUUUUGGAACCCUCGAGAUCUUUUGGGGAUUUCGACGUGAAGGAUUUGCUGCCAGCAGGUGCGGUGUCUGUACACCCCGAGGUGGCCUACUUGCCCAUUUGCUGCCCCGGCCUGCUGCUGCUGGCUUCCGACGGGCUGUGGGACUCUGUGGGGCCCCACGAGUUGGCUUGCUGCUUGCUGCAGGUCCCUGCGGUUUGGGGGCCCCUCCGCAACGCCGCGCUGCUGCACCACCAGCAGCAGCAGCGGCUGCAGGAGCAGCAGCAGCAGCAGCAGCGGCGAACGGGGGCCCGCGGCGCGCCGGGAACGCCCGCGACGCAGCAGCACGCGAGCGCCAUACCCAGCUGCAGCAGCAGCAGCAACGGCAGCGGCAGAGUGUGUGCAGCAGGGCUUGCUGCUGCAGGCGUGCCGCCUGCUGCUGCUGCUGCUGCUGCUGCUGAUGUGCCCCCCUCGCUGCUUGUUCCUUCUGCUUCCGCCUUAUCUCUCUUGAGCUACAAGCUGCUGCGCAGGGCCAAAAAGCUGGGCAGCGAAGAUGACACAACUUGUCUCACAGCUUUUCUUAAACCCCUCCCAGCCACGUAG